UUUUGUCCACUCCGGAAUUUAGACACGCCAUACAACCGGAAGUUGAUAUAUCUGGAGAAUUUCACUUUUGUCGAUAUUUAUCAUCUUUUGUUGCUCGGUAAUAUAAAAAAAAUGGGGAAAGAAAAAGGAGGUUUCCUAACUCCUAAGGCGAUAGCAAAUCGAAUCAAAUCCAAGGGCUUACAAAAACUGAGAUGGUUUUGUCAAAUGUGUCAGAAACAAUGUCGAGAUGAGAACGGCUUCAAGUGUCACAUGACGUCAGAAUCCCACCAAAGACAGCUGUUGUUGUUCGCCGAGAAUCCAGAUAAAUACAUUGAUGAUUUUUCAGAGCAAUUUGCAGAUGAGUAUCUGGAGCUGUUGAGCCGCAGAUUCAACACGAGGCGAGUCCAUGCCAACAUUGUUUACCAAGAAUAUAUAGCAUACAAAGAACACGUUCACAUGAACUCCACACAAUGGGAGACACUCACAGAGUUUGUCAAGUGGCUUGGAAGAGAAGGAAAAUGUGUAGUUGACGAAACAGAAAAGGGAUGGUUUGUGGCAUACAUCGACCGAAACCCUGAGGCGAUACGUAGGCAGGAACAAGUGAAAGCUAAGGAGAAGAUGGAUUUGACAGACGAAGAAAGGACUUCAAAAUUUAUACAGCAGCAGAUCGUACGUGCGGCAGAAAAAGACACAACGUCUAAAGCUGCAGAAUUUACAGAAUUCAAACGAGAGAAUGAGGAAGAGAAAGUAACCAUGAGUCUUUCCAGUUUAGUUAAGAAAAAAGAGGAAAAAGUCAAGAUCAGUACAGAUAACCUGUUCACAAUACCCCCAGAUAGCUCUGGGUCUAGUAAAGGGGAGAGCAGCACGUCCAGUCAAAAGAGGGAAGCUACAAAACCAGGUCUGGCGGGACAGAAACGUAAAUCAGCCCUCGAUGAAAUUAUGGAGUUUGAAGAGAAGAAGAAGGAGAAGAUGAACAGGAAAGACUACUGGUUACAUAAAGGCAUUGUAGUAAAAGUGGUCACGAAGAAACUCGGGGAGAAGUACUACAAGAAAAAGGCUUUUGUAAAGGAAGUGAUAGAUCUGUACAAAGGUGUAAUAAAGGUGAUAGACAGUGGCGACAAACUAAAGGUGGAUCAGACACACCUGGAGACGGUCAUACCUGCCACAGGUAAAACAGUUAUAAUUGUGAACGGAGCAUAUCGAGGUUAUGAAGCCGUCCUUGAAAGUAUUAAGGAGAAGAAAUUUUGCUGUACAGUGUCUAUCAAAUCGGGCCCUUUAAAGGGAAGGAUGAUAGAAGAUAUAAAAUACGAAGAUAUAAGUAAAAUUUAUCAGCCAUCGUGAGAAAUCUGACUAUGUGGGAUACUCUAGAAGUGUUGAGAAUGAUCAAACAAGUAGUUGAUCAAAAUGGAUACUCAUAUCUCAGGCGAGGAAAGGUGCCCAGCUGUGUAACAGGCAUCAUUUGAAACGGUUUUGACUGAGUGGGAGACUACAGAAGUGUUUAGUAAGAUAAAGCAAGUUUGAUGAUCAUGGAACAGUGGUGGCCAAAUGGUUAAGGCGUCUGACUUCUGGGUCGCCGGUUUGGACCUACAUGGGGCACUCGCCAGGUACUGGCCGUAGGUCGGGGUUUUUCUCCAGGAACUCUGGCUUACCUCCACCACGAAAACCUGGCACAUCCUUAAAUAACCAUAGCUGUUCAUAGGACAUAUUACACAACAUACCAAACCAAAAUAGAUGAUCACAGUGGAUAUCUCCUGUGAGACGGGUACCAGGACCCAGCUCAGUAACAAGCAUCUGUUGAAAUGUGUCAUAAACAGAGCCAGUUACUUUGGCAGUCUGUCAAGAAUUGUUUUGAAAUUUAGUUUAGGAUAUUACAUUUAGAGAAAAUCUGAAGCUGCAGGUAAUUAUUGCACUUUGAAGCUGGUGAAAAACUGUUUUCCGCAUCUAUGCACUAUUCCAAAAAAAUGUUUACUAUAUGAAUUGGGAACUUAUAACAGGCUUGACAGUGGCUUAAUACAUUAUUUCUGAAAGAAAACCUUACUUAUCAGAACUUUAAUGGAAAAGGUAAGACGAAAUAUACAAAACAAAAUCUGGGAUUCAGUCCAACUACAGUUAAGGGAGGCUGCUCUAUGUAGAACAGUAAUCCUUUAACGUUUUCUUCAUAAUGCAAUGUUCUGUACUUUUUCUACGUUUUGUAUAUGUUAGACCAGGUGGGGAUGUGAAAGCAUAACUGUAGAUUCAUUGCCGAUCACAAUGAAUCUACAGGUAUGCUUUCACAUCCCCACCUGUUAUUGGGAAUAUCACCCACCAGUGAGAAAUCAAAGAUAUAUUAUAUUAUUAUAGCUCAUCUAUGUAAUAGUGUCUGAUUGGAUUAUAUUAAUCACAUGAUUGGGAAAUAAAACUUUGUGUCACCCUAAUUCACACACUGGAGUUCCUUGGUCAUAUUUCCAUUAUUCAGAGGUCCAAGUGACUAAAACAGGCGACAACGAUGGCAUGUCAACCUGGCCAUCUUUUCUGCUGUGUUUUUUAUUCAAUUUGGUUAAAAUGAUAAUGAAAUAUUUUUUGCACUCGUAUAGAAAAUCAAUUCUUAAAUUCAUUCAGUUGAUCGUGUUUCACUUUGGCUUUUCCCUUGUGAAAAAUGACUGAUCUUGUGGAAACAAAGAAUCGGUUUCCCUACAACAAGGACAAUGUAUGUGUUACAUCUCUUUAGACAUUAGAUCUGCAUACUAAUAAUAGAUCUUGUACAUGCAGUAGUCAUGCAAAGCCUUAAUUUGACAGCGAGUUGUAUUGUUUUUAAGAUUGAUACAAAUGUAUAUAUAUGUGAAUUAAUUUUCAUGUGAGAUGGAGAAAAAAUACAUUUUAAAGUAGGGUUUUCUGCCUUUUCUUUAUACAUAUUCCUUAUAAUUAAAUUAAAAAGUUUUCAAAUUUAAGGAUCCCCUUACCACUGCCAAAGACUGUAACUACAUUUUGGAAACUGUUUUUUCCGGAAUGACAACAGCUUGUUAAAUCAUUUCUGAACAGAAAACUAUACCUUGCAGGACUUUUAUGAAAAAACAAUAGGAUGAAAUUAAGAAAAUAUAAUCAAUUAUAGUGUUCUAAGUGUAAAAGUCCAGCGGGGCUAAACCGUAAGCUUCAAAUUAUUAUACUAUUGCUGAACGAAUUGAGCUACAUGGUGAACAGAAGCGUCCUAAUGCAACUGUGCUACAGUUAUAUUGAAAAUGAAAUUAAGGGGAGGUUACUGUGGACAGGCCGGGAUCGGGACAGAUCCUUAACAUCAGAAUUUCUUUCAUGCAGAUCAAUAAUAUCCUAUGUGGGACAAUUGGUGGUUUUGAUUAGGUCCAUACAUUUGAUUAUUGAAUCAUUUCUUAAAGAUAUUU